AUGGCAGAGGACCUAUUGCGCCGCCACCAGAGCCGCGAGGCCCGUGCGCUGGCGAACCCCACCGUGGACCGCCAAAAAAGCUGCUACGCGUGCGCGAAAAGCAAGGCGCGGUGCGACCUCGGCGUGCCGGCGUGCGAGCGCUGUCGCAAGAGAAAUAUCCAUUGUGUUUAUGCCCCGCACACUGGCAAUCCCAACGUGCGCAAGGCGCGCGAAUCAGGUCUCAUGGGGCAGUCGCAGUGGACCGACGCACAGAGCGUGCGCGGAUCGCCCUAUCUCUCGAGCACGUCGCCGCCGGUAUAUCCGCGCAGGGAGAGCACGUCCAUGCAGUGGCACGCGUCGCUCCCUAACCUACACAUGCCCGAGCCGGCCGUGCCGAUGAACACGGUGCCCACGACUGACCUGUCGGGCGACGAGCCGGACAGCGACAGCAACAACACGAUCGACUCACUCGACUCGCACUUUACCGGCAUGCGCUGGGAAAACGCAGAGCCGCGCCGCUCGUUCAGCUCCGUGUCGUCGAACGAGGACAAUGUCUAUCCGUUUGGCGUUCCGCCAGUGUCCAACACCGAGUGGCCUGUGCAGGACACGGCCGUGCCCUCGAUUCAGAUUCCGGGGCCGAGUAACGGCCACGCCCUCUUUCAGGGACAGAGCAGCAUGCCACAGCUCUCGGGGGGGCUCGUCGACAUGCUCGGCCGCCCGACCGCGCCGCCAGACGCGCCGCCGGUCAAGACAGAAGGGGGCGCAGAAAACGUCGGGAUGCCCCCUCCGCCCAGUGUGCCCGCACUCUCGGUGGAUGCGCUCGCGCCGUCGCUGCGCCGCGAUAUGCCGCCGCCGCCCCGGCGGCCGUCAGACCUGGCGCGCCUCAGCACCGGCGGCCUUGCGCCGGGCAACUUGCAGCUCUCGAUUCCCCACACGCCGAGCCGCCUCUCGAACGUCGCCACCUUUUCGCCGAGCCACUCGGCGAUGGUGCUGGGGCACAUGGACCUCUCGGCGUGGCUGGACGAUCCCGUCGUGCCGUCGCCCCUGUACGAACUCGGAGCGUGCACCGGCUGGAGCGGUCUCAUGUCGGCGAUGGACGUCGGCAAGACGCCGACGGCGCACUCGGCGCGCCACAACGAGCGCUACUCGCUCAAAGGCCCGCGGCCCCAGGUGCUCUCGCAGUCGGACGAAGGCAUCUCGGCGCCGAGCAAGAGCACGUCCGACUCGGACUCGCUAACGCCCGUCUCGCCGGUGCUGAUCAGCUCCGUGGACUGGUGGUCGCGGGACAAAGGCGCGCAGGAGCGCUUCCACCGCUACAUGCUCACGACAUCCCCCCCUCAUGGCCUGUUGCGCGAAAACGAUUUCCGGACGACACUUGCCAUGUCGGCCAUCUCGCGCUUUGUGACCUACUGCACCUUUUUGUGCUUGGCCGAGCCCAAUGCGCCACAACCACCCUUUUUGCACCGUCAUUUGCUAGUGACACAACGUAAUACCCUUCCCGAGCCGCUUUCUGUCGCGCGCUGCGCGCUCUCUGCCCUGACGCUGCGCCUGCCGACCAGCGAGCGAUGGGCCUGGACGCAGGUCGCGACCGAGCUCGAGCGCCAUAUCCACAGCGCGCGCGAUCUCACGACUAAACUCGGCCCCUGCUUUGAAACCGAGGUGCCCGUCUCGAAAAGCGUCGAGCAGCAGACGUACCUGGACCACGCCCGAUCCUUUGAGGGGGCCAUGGAGAUCAUGGCGCUCCUGCAAGCCAUCUGGCUCUACGUCGUGGUCGGCGCCUUUGGCGACGCGCUCGACGCCCAGAGUGCCGACGGCCAGGCGCGCUGCACGCUGACGCACCGCGUAUGGGACGCGACGCUGCUUCCGAAUGCCAUCGACGCGCUCCAGUCCCUCACGCAUCUCGCUGCCUCGCUCGUGAACGACCUGCAAAAGCGCGCCACGCCCGAGGUGCCGGGUCCCAGUACCCAGUCCAGCGAGAUCAGCGACUUUGUCUGGUGGGGACUGUGUGAGUCGCUGCGUCGCACGGUGCUUGCAUCCUACUCGCUCCUGGUCCUCUUGCGCUACAUUCUGAAUGCGACCGAGGAAAGCAGCAGCCCGUCGGACUCGGUCGGGAUCGCGACCCUCGGCCUGUCGCCCUUCCCUGCGACGACGCGCGGCACAACGCCGUGGGCGUCGAGCGACUGGCGCAACGUGAUGGCGGUCGAGCUGCCUGCUGUCGCAGAUAUCUUUGAAGCAGACCGCGCUGGCCUCUGGCGGACACACCUGGACAACCGCCAACACAUGGACGGCUCGCCCCCUACGCUCUCCCUAUUUCAUGCGCACCGACCCAGCCACGUGGAUCAGUCGCGGUCCGAGAUGCAGUUCCUGCUGGACUCUUACUUCCACCAACACGACGAAUUUACGAACGUGUGCCUUUCCGUACUGUUUGGUUUGACGUCGGACUCGUAG